AUGUCAAAUACCGUAAGAGCCAUUUCACCAGAUAUAACACUAUUCAACAAGACAUUGACAUUCCAAGAAAUCUCACAAAACACUAGAGAGGCUGUCAUAUACAUUCAUGGAGGUGCAUGGAACGAUCCUGAGAAUACGCCCAAUGAUUUUAAUCAAUUAGCCAAUACCAUCAAAUCAAUGGAUACUGAGUCAACGGUUUGUCAAUACUCUAUAGAAUACAGGUUAUCACCAGAGAUCACAAAUCCAAGAAACUUAUAUGAUGCUGUGUCAAAUAUAACAAGGCUUGUUAAAGAAAAGGGAUUAACGAACAUUAAUAUGGUGGGACAUUCCGUUGGAGCUACCUUUAUUUGGCAGAUAUUAGCUGCACUCAAAGAUCCUCAAGAAAAAAUGAGUGAAGCGCAAUUGCAAAUGUUGGGACUUUUGCAGAUCGUGAAGAGAGUAUUUCUAUUGGAUGGUAUAUACUCGUUAAAGGAACUGUUGGUAGAAUACCCAGAGUAUGAUUGUUUUACAAGACUUGCCUUCCCUGAUGGUAUUCAAAUGUACGAGGAAGAGCCCUCGAGAGUAAUGCCUUACGUGAAGAAAGCCCUUUCUCGCUUCAGUAUUGAUAUGCACCUAGUGCAUUCUUAUAGCGACGAGUUAUUAACGUUAAGACAAACUAAUUGUUUAAUUUCUUGUCUUCAGGAUUAUCAGUUAAGUUUCAAGUUGUAUUUGGACGAUUUGGGUUUGCAUAAUGAUGUUUAUAAGAAUGGUAAAGUUGCGAAGUAUAUUUUUGACAAUAUUUGUUGA